CAACUGAUCAGAAACUUUCUCAGCACUACCAAGGAAUUGAGCAAACAACUUAAAAAUGUCUCACUCAGUGACAAUCACCAGAACGACCACCAGCACCACGAGCACAUCCUAUAUUGUGCUUAAUACUGGAUACUUGAAGACAUUUCCGGGAUUAUUGAAACUUUUCGAGCUGCUUAUUGGAGCCGCCAUAGUUGGCAUCUUCAGCUAUUACUUCAACAGAACCGGUACGUCGAAUGAAAUCUUCAUGUUCCUCAUGGCCACAACAUUCUUGAUAGGAACAUUUUGCCUACUGCUAGCAUGUUUAACGUCGCUUAGUACGGGUGGUAUCAUAUCCAAAACCAUCUAUGAACUCAUUUAUCAUAGCGUUGCGGCCAUUUUGCUGCUCAUCGCCUCGGUGCUCCUCGUAAUAGAAUUGAACGACAGACAUUUUAGGUACGGUAAGCAGUACGAAACUUACAUGGCUGCCGGCAUUAUGGGUCUCGUCAAUGCGGUUCUCUACUUUAUCAGCGCGUUCUUGGCUCACCGAUCAUAUCGUGGCAUCUAAUCUCGCCGAGCUGACCACAAGAAACUGGAUUCCCCCUGGUGGUGUGGUGACGUUUCCAAAGGUGUUCAUUGCAGGAAAUCGUCUUUUAUGAUGGUAAAUUAAGUUAAAAUAAUUUUGUAGUUGUAUUUAUGUUCUAAGUAAAAAACACAACUUGGAAAAAAUUAGCAUUUUUAUAGCCAUACACAGUCUGUGCUAAAGUGAAAAGCGAUUGAAUUC